AUGUCCAGCAUGACAGUAUCAAACGAAAUCAAAAAGCCCUAUUUUGGCUUGACGGGAGGAUGGCUUACAUUUUGGGUCACGGUUGCUUGCGCAACUGAUAUGUCCUUGUUCGGUUACGACCAGGGUGUCUUUAGUGGAGUGGUGAUCACACGAGACUUUCUCGAAGUCCAUGACCUGGUAGGUCCGGAGAAAACCAAGACACUGUCUACGGUUACAGCUAUCUACGACGUGGGCUGUUUCUUCGGUGCAAUUGUUGCCUUUACGAUCGGGGAGCAACUUGGACGGAAAAAGGCGAUCCUGCUAGGAACCACGAUUAUGGCUGUGGGUGCUGUGCUGCAGGCUGCCUCCUUCGGCUUGGCCCAGAUGUUUGUCGGACGUAUUGUUCUGGGGAUCGGAAAUGGAAUCAAUACCGCCACUGCGCCUAUCUGGCAGACCGAGACGUCGCAGUUGAAGUGGCGUGGUAAACUGGUCAUUUUCGAGAUGAUGAUGAAUAUCUUUGGCUUCUGUCUCGUAAACUGGAUCAAUUAUGGAUUGUCUUUUGUCGGUGGCUCCAUCGCCUGGCGUUUUCCGCUGGCAUUCCAAUUCUUCUUCUUAAUUAUUCUAUGGUCCACUACUCCAUGGCUCCCUGAAUCACCGCGAUGGCUCAUAGCCCACGGCAGGCAAGAGGAAGCCACAGUGGUACUCAGCUGUCUCGAGGCUAAGCCCAUCGACGACCCCUUCGUGAUUGCGCAGCGCAACGAGAUCGAAUAUAGCGUUCGGUACGAGCGCGAGAAUGCAACGCGCUGGCGAGACCUCUGGAAGAAAAAGGGGAAUGACAGCAAGACUCUCCGCAGACUUCUCCUCGGUGCGGGCAGUCAAUUCAUGCAGCAAUUUGGCGGGAUCAAUAUCAUGUCAUAUUAUCUGCCAACGGUGCUUAUGGAUUCGGUCGGUCUUUCCGAUACCAUGGCCCGUCUGCUAGCAGCAUGCAACGCCCUGUCCUAUCUUGUGUUCUCCGGGCUCGCAGUCCUUCUCGUCGAGAGAAUGGGUCGCCGAGGCCUGAUGCUCCUGUCCACAUUCGGGCAAUUCUUCUGUUUUCUGGUCAUCACUAUUCUCCUUCGGUUCUCCCGUGUAAGUGACAGCGGCGAGAAGUAUGCCUCAGCAUCCGUUGCGUUCUUCUUCCUCUACUACGGCGCAUUCGGCAUCGGCAUGCUCGGCGUGCCGUGGCUGUAUCCCACAGAGAUCAACUCUCUUCCCAUGCGAACAAAGGGAGCGGCUGUCGCGACAGCUACUGACUGGAUCACAAACUUCGUCGUGGUCGAGAUAACACCCAUCGGAAUCAAGAACAUAGACUGGAAAUUCUGGAUCGUAUGGACAGUCACUAAUGCUGCUUUCUUGCCGAUUCUGUACUUCCUUUACCCCGAAACAGCGAACCGAAGCCUCGAGGAUAUGGACGAGUAUUACCGGUCCAAUCCCCCGCUCAUAGUGACCAAAGAUCCCGAUGCCAUCUGUCGACGGCGGCCGCAGAAGUAUGUUCAGCGGGAGGAGGAGGAGAUUGAGAGGGCUGCUGCUGCUGUGGAUAAGAGGGCUCUGUCGGUUGGCGCGGUGGAGCAUGCCGAGUGGGCCAGCGAGAUCGGGGAGCCCAAGGCUGCUAACAGAAACUUCUAUACUUUGGAUAUAUCGAGGAUAGAGUAUCCAAGACUACAGCCCCUCACUCCUGAACCGUAUCUAAAAGAAACAAACAUGGCGCGACAAUAUCUCAAACCACGCGCCGCUCCCUCAGACCAGACGCAAUCACACGCAGUUGAUGUAUCCGCCGUCGUCGAAGAAGUGAUCAGCGCAGUCCGCGCGGAUGGCGACGCGGCUGUUAGAAAAUACUCCGCAAAAUUCGACAAAUGGGCACCAGACAGUUUCAAGCUAUCGAAAGCAGACAUCGACGCUGCGAUAGCCAUCUGUCCCGAGCAAACCAUCGCCGACAUCAAAGAGGUCCAGAGAAACGUACGAGCCUUCGCAGAAGCGCAAAAGAACUCGUUGAAAGAUUUCGAAAUUGAAAUUCAGCCUGGAGUACACCUCGGACAGAAGAAUGUGCCGAUUAAUACCGUCGGCGCGUACAUCCCAGGCGGCCGCUACCCGCUCCUCGCAUCGGCCCACAUGACAAUCCUGACGGCGAAAGUUGCUGGCGUUAAGCACGUCAUCGGCUGCACACCCCCGAUCAACGGCGAGAUCCCGCAUAGCACAAUUGCCGCUAUGCACCUGGCGGGAGCAGACGAGAUCUUCCUUCUGGGCGGCGUGCAAGCAGUAGCUGCCAUAGCCGUGGGUACCGAGACCAUCCGCAAGGUUGAUUUCCUGGCUGGUCCCGGGAACCGAUUCGUGGCGGAGGGUAAGCGACAGCUGUUUGGCGAAGUCGGUAUUGACCUCUUUGCGGGCCCGACAGAGAUCCUCAUCCUGGCGGACGAGACGGCUGAUCCGUUCACGGUGGCCACGGACUUGAUCUCCCAGGCUGAGCAUGGGCCGGAUACACCCGCUGUUUUGAUUACGACGUGUCCUAAGGUUGGGCGGGAGACGAUUGACAUCGUCAAUAAGCUGCUGUCUGUGUCGGGUCUGUCAACUGCAGACGUGGCCAAGGUUUCAUGGGAUGCGUUUGGGGAGGUCAUUGUUGUAGACACGAUGGAGGAGCUCUGGGAGCUCGGUGAUCACUACGCAAGCGAGCAUGUUCAAGUGUUUACGAAAAGUCCUAGGGAUGCGUUAGACAGAAUGUCCAAUUACGGGGCGUUGUUUCUUGGGGAGAACACAUGCGUGUCAUAUGGCGACAAGGUAAUCGGCACGAAUCACGUCCUCCCGACUCGGACAACUGCUCGAUACACUGGUGGUCUGUGGGUUGGGAAAUAUCUGAAAACAUGCACUUACCAAGAAGUCACGUCGCCGGAAGCCAGUGGAAAGCUCGGCCGUUUGUGUGGACGAGCUGCACGAGCUGAGAGAUUCGAGGCGCAUGCGCGUUCUGGCGAUCUACGGGCAAACAGGCACAUGGGAGACGACAUUGAGUGGAUUAAGAAGGUCUGA